AUGCAUCUAAAGACCUGUGCCCUCUCUGUCGCACUCCUAUCCGGACUCGCCUCAGCAUAUGUUCCGAUCGGAUACGGCCAACAGCUCCAGAACAACGACCAAGCCAACCAUUGGGUCGUCUGGGUGGAGGGAAAAUCAGCAUGCCCAAACAGUCGCACCCUUGGCCUGUUGGUUAAAAGUCCAUGCGGUCAGAAAUUCAAGUAUGAUGGUGUCGAAUACAAAUUGGCGGAUUGUGAUCAGAGCAACGAACCAAAAUCACUUGUUAGCGGCGGCGUAAGUUGGAGCUGCAAACUCGACCACGAUAAGAUCAACUGCCAUAGCGGUACUCACGACAUUGUCAAGCAUGGAUAUUGCAAAUAA